CUGUGCAGAGGCCCCGCCUGGCCGGGUCCCAGGGCCCAGACAUUUAGGUCAGGCCCCAAACUGGCCAUUCUGGUUUCCGAGGCGUCGGCGUGGUUCCAGACCCCCUACCGCCACCCCACCCUCACAUGACACACCUCAGAGCACAAAUCGGGUUUAUUGAGAGACUUUAGACCGGCCAAGACCUUGUGAAGAGAGGGAGGGAUUCAUUCCGACAAGCUUCGAAAUCCUUUCCUCUAGGGAGACGCCUUCAAACGCUAAGUAAAAGCCCGCCGGUGUCUGGUGUCUCGCCAGGGGUGCAGGGCGCCUGGAGCUCGGGGGUCUGGCCGAGGGGGGCGCCCACAUGAGUUCCCGGCUCAGGGCAGGUUGCGGGGGUCCCUCAAGUUGAAAGACUGGCGGGAACCACGCGGGCGUGAGUCAGCGCUGCCCCAGGGGCCCUCCGCCCCUUGGAGGUGGGUCGUGUCCCGGGAGCGGAGGAGAGGAGGCCAGGAGAAACUGGGUCAGGCUGCACUUCUAGCUCCGGGGGCCUCGAGGACUCUUCGCGGCCCUGGAGACGAGGGCAGUACACGCACUUGAUAACGAAGAGUUCGCCCUGCCCCCUCACCCCGCCCCCGGUGGAGGGGGGAGAACUUCGUGUUCCGCGGCGGAGCCAGAGUUGGGAAGUGGGACGAAACAGGCCAGAACUCAGCCCCUCAGGGCGCCGGUGCAGCGGGGCCCGCGCUCGCCUCCUCUCGGCUCGCAGGCUGGGCCCGCCGCUUCUUCCUCUCCCCACGACUCUAAAUGGAUUGCUCUGCCUGUCUGCUCCCCCGCCCUCGGGACGCAGUGGAAUGUUCCACGGCCCCUCCGGUCCCGGCCUGCGUUACAGGGGACGCGGGCACGGUUGUCAGGGAAAGCCCCGGACGUGACGGCGGAGCGCGACCCCUGGCAGCCUCCCCUCUCCCCUGGGUCACUGCCCUGCGCGCGCUCCGGACCCCCUCCCCCCGCGGGCUCCGGUCUAGGGGGAAGUAAACAGGCGCAGCGGAGUCCGCGGACCCAGGCCAGGCGGGAGCAUGCUGGGGCGCCGGGGCCUGCGGCUCCCCCCGGUGGGGAUCCUGCUCCUGCUGCCGUUCCUGCCGCCGCCGCUGCCGCCCGCAGCCCCCGCGCCCCAUCGCGCUGCCUACAAACCGGUCAUCGUGGUGCACGGGCUGUUUGACAGCUCGUACAGCUUCCGCCACCUGCUGGAAUACAUCAACGAGACACAUCCCGGGACUGUGGUGACAGUGCUUGAUCUCUUCGAUGGGAGAGAGAGCUUGCGACCCUUGUGGGAACAGGUGCAAGGGUUUGGAGAGGCUGUGGCCCCCAUCAUGGCAAAGGCCCCUCAAGGGGUGCAUCUCAUCUGCUACUCGCAGGGGGGCCUGGUGUGCCGGGCGCUGCUCUCCGUCAUGGAUGAGCACAAUGUGGAUUCUUUCAUCUCUCUCUCUUCUCCACAAAUGGGACAGUAUGGAGAUACGGACUAUCUGAAGUGGCUCUUCCCUACCUCCAUGAGGUCUAACCUCUACCGGAUCUGCUAUAGUCCCUGGGGCCAGGAAUUCUCCAUCUGCAACUACUGGCAUGACCCCCACCAUGAUGACUUGUACCUCAAUGCCAGCAGUUUCCUGGCCCUGAUCAAUGGGGAGAGAGAUCAUCCCAAUGCCACUGCAUGGAGGAAGAACUUUCUUCGUGUGGGCCGCCUGGUGCUGAUUGGGGGCCCUGAUGAUGGUGUCAUUACCCCCUGGCAGUCCAGCUUCUUUGGUUUCUAUGAUGCAAAUGAGACCGUCUUGGAGAUGGAGGAGCAACUGGUUUAUCUGCGGGAUUCUUUUGGGUUGAAGACGCUGUUGGCUCGGGGAGCCAUAGUGAGGUGUCCGAUGGCUGGGAUCUCCCAUACGGCCUGGCACUCCAACCGGACCCUUUAUGAGACCUGCAUUGAACCUUGGCUCUCCUGAGGAUGUCCUCAGGGACCCCCCAGGAACUCCCCAGCCCAGAGACCAAGCGGUGGCCUUGGAAAGCAGAUGUCAGGCUCUGGUGUGCCUCUGAUCACCCAUUGCUCCCACACUGCCUGCACCAACCAGGGCUCCCAGGACCCCUUCCUCUUCUCCUAAAUGACAAAUCCUGGUUUCCCCCACAUCACGUCUGGGGUUUGCUCUGUGCUCUCUCACCGUCCCAAAGCAGAGGUUGGGAAGAGAGAAACCAGGUUUUUAACUUGUGGCUGCUCCUGCUGCUGCUGCUGCUGCUCCGUCUCCGGCCGAACAGGAGGAGAACCCAGUCCCUGCUCACUACGGAGGUCUCCUUCUAAGCCACUCAGGACAUUUUUAGCUUCUGUUCUCCCCAUAUUCCCUUUUCCUCAGCCCUCCCAACUCCCAGGAAGGACUACCCAUGAGAGUGGGGUUCUGAGGCUCCCCUAUGGGGACGGUUCCGUUCUUGAAAUGUCAGUGUUGGGGAAUAUCUAUGGCCCGUGAGGCCCAUCUCAGGUUUGGGGAUCCCCCAGUCCCUAUGUUCAGUGUUGGGGUACCCCCUGGGAGCCUAGUUUCUUUGAGGCCCCAGCCCCUCUUUUAGCUACCAUUGAAUGGGUGUUAACCCUGUAUUAAUGGAAAUAAAGUUCCAUUUCUUCA